AGCAUCUUUUCUUGAGUCCUUUUUUUACUAUCAUUGAUAGCAAACUGAUAGUAAACUGUAAAUGAAAUUUUCGUUAUUACUUACAGCAAGUGUCUCUUUAUUAUCAAUUGUAUCUGCUCAGCAGAAUGACCUCACACCAUCGUCGAACGCUUCAAAUCAAGAUUCAUUCAAGCAAUUGAGAAACACACUAUAUCAACAUGACAACAGCGUAAAAAAUAUCGCUUUCUUCGCUGCAUUUGGCGGCUCAUCCCACUGCAAUUGGGUAUUGAGUUUUAUGGAUGAGCUAGGUGCAAGGGGACAUAAUGCAAAAUUUUUGACUGCUAAUGAAAUGACAGCCUUUGGUAGACCUUUUAAGCAUGUUGAGACAGUAUCUGUUGGUCCUAUAGUACAGAUUGACAGAGCAAAAACUUUCAAGAAUUCUGAAGAAGGCAGAUUAGAUACUCCCAUGAAUGCGUUCUUAGGUUACAGUAUGAUGCAAGGCAAAUUUGAUUCAUACUAUCACUUUGCCAGGGAUUAUUUUAUUAGAAAUAAUGUUGAUGUCGUUCUCUGUGAUCAUUUUGCUGAUGCAUGUUUGGAAGCUGCGCUAUCCUUGAAGCUCCCUUUCAUUGUUACUUCUACGAUACUUUUAAAUGAAGAAUCUAGUGCACCUUACACGAACGAUGACAUUUCUCUGACUCUUGAGCCAACAACGGAAUUCGAGUCCUUCUCAACCCGAUUCUACAACAAGCUUAUUUACCCUUUCCGUUAUUUUUAUGACCUCAGACCAGCCUAUCGCGAAUUAAAUGCCAUGAAAGCUGCCGCUACAGGUGAUAUCGGUAUCAAACGACAUGACUAUUACUCUUCUAAGCUUUGGAAAGACUCGUUGAAAAUCAUUAAUAGUUUAUACGGUUUCACUGCUCCUCGACCGUUGGACCCCCUUACAGAACUCGUCGGUCCUAUCAUGCCUUCUCACUACAAGCCCUUAACACCGGAUCUUGAAGUGUUUUUGAAUAUGCAUCGUCGUGUCGCCUAUAUCGCUUUUGGCCAGAAUGCAACGCCUUCCGAGGCUGAAAUCAAGCUUAUUUUAACGACUUUAAUGGAAUGUUUAGAACGUGGCUACAUUGAUGGCAUCGUUUGGGCGACUGUUCAUGCAGCCGGUCGUUUUCCAGAUACUGUCACUACUACCUAUUCUAAUACUACCUACGAUGUCUCCUCCUUUUUCAAAGGUGGUCAUCCUGAUGUUAAAUUAAUCACCUGGGCACCUCAAAUUGCUAUCCUCAAUCACCCCUCUUCGCAUGUUUUUGUUUCUCAUGGUGGACAAGGCUCUUGGUACGAAUCUGUUUAUUCCGGUACACGUAUGCUUAUGUUUCCCUUCUUUGCUGAUCAGCCCAUCAAUGCAGUGAUGGUCGAACGCAGCGGUCUUGGUGGCCGCUUUGAUACACACACCAGUCCUGAAGAGAUGUUGAAGUUGUUUGAAUAUGUCAUUAUGGAUCCAAACAAUGAAAUCAAGGAGAAUGUCAAGCGUGCACAAGCUUUAAUGCAAGUUCAUAGUCGACGUUCUAUAGCAAGAGCAGCUGAUUUGGUGGAAGAAGUAGCCUUUACGCAUAAAGAUGGCAAGUUGAUUCAUCGUGAAACUGCUGAUCGUCGUAUGUCGUUUUUGAAAACGCAUCAUCUGGAUAUUUAUGGUGCCGCUUUAUUUAUAGUCUUUGCAAUUAUUUCGGUGAUAAAAGUGUUGACCACGUCACUUGUUGUGCCUUUGUUCAAGAGUUUCUUGCAAGCAUCUGCUACUAUAGCAAGAUCAGAAGAAACAAAAAUAAAGUCCCAGUAAAGACAUCAUUAUCAUAAGCGUAUGUGUGUCAUUGUUACAUUUGUUUGGAAGAAAUAUCUUUUCUGAAAUCAGGUUAUAUGACGAUACAGGUAGGUAUUUCUUUCAUUGAUUUCAAAAAUAUAGCAUCUAUGGGAAAGAAUUUCACGAGAAAGGGUAUAAUUUGUUUAACGGAGGACAUGUAUUUUCUUUAUACCCAAAUUUUUUCAUCUCUUUAGUGUAUAUAAAACCUCUUGAC